AUGCCAACGCCUACGAAGGUCAGUGAUUUCAAUGCCUACGAAGACCCUCUUUUAAGCUGGAUGGAGCAAACACCCCCCGGUCAUUUUGAGCCAUUACCCCAGAGUAUUGGGUCACCAUCGGGAGAACAUGCGUAUUCUAUGAUUCCCAAUGAUACCAACGGCUACGAAGAGCAUUCUUUAAGCUGGACGGAACGAACACCCUCCGGUCAUUUGCCAUCAGGAGAACGGGUGAAUUCCAUGAUUGGCAAUGAUGAUAAUGCCUACAAGGAACCGGUCGAAAAGGUUGCCAAUCCGGAUGAAAGCUCCAAUUUCAUAUUAGGGAAAAACCCAAGAUCCAUCCUGGGGAAACGCCCAAGAUCCGCACCAACAGGAGAAUUAGAUCCUCCAUUCCAAGCGCUCUCGACAUUCAGAUGGCGUACGUUAGCGGAAUUAUACAACAAUGAUAAACAUGCAGUACACAAGAAGAGUUAUUGGGAUGGCUUUGGAAAAUUCUAUUUGAAGGAACUCAGGAAAGAUGGCCACUAA